AUGGCAGCCUUCGCUAUGUUCCUACCAAAGAGACAUUUUCCUAGAUUUUUGGGAGGUAACAGACGAGUACUGGCAUUCUAUUCCAGCGUGUUUUCUGUCGUCUCUACAGGAUUCCUUGUAAUGCAUCCCAAAGCUAACGCCUUCGCUUUAAUGAUGCUCGCAUUCCCGGCCAUUGGGUUUCUAUGUAAAGAACUAAACAGAGUCAAAUGUGCCCGCGUGUAUCGUCUCGGUCUACGCUGCGUCGCGGUCUGCUUCCUCGCCAUAUUCUCCUGGAUCAUCGACAGAAUGUUCUGUGAAACGUGGCUCUCCAUAGACUUCCCGUACAUGCACGGUGUAUGGCACAUACUUAUAUUCAUAGCUAGUUAUACUGCGUUAGUACUGUUUGCAUACUUCAAUGUGUCCGAAGAAAGACCCGAGCAAAAACCCGAAUUGAGAUACUGGCCAAGAAACGACUUCGAACUGGGCAUACCAUAUAUAACUAUAAAACAUCCGUGCAAAAAAGACAAUCUUGCUAUAUAA